AAUUUGUAAUUACCUUUUAUCUAUUUAUGUGUAUAUAUAUAUUUAUGUGUAUGUGUUAAUCAAUCCUCUGAACCGUACCCUUAACGAAGUGCAUUUAAAGUUAACGUAGUACAGCAAAGUAAAUGUUUAUUAGCCGGAUUUAUGUGUAGCCCAAUCUAAAUGCCAAUAUAUGUAUUCUUGUGAAUGGCAACAAAAAAACACCAAAGCGAAAAUCGAUAAAUUUAUAAAAAUAAAUGAAAGCCAACAUCUCGCACAGGUCAGCCAACGCACCUGUGACAACAGCAAUCAUCUAACCUAACUGUAAUUGCUAGCAGAGCUUUGGCAACUAAUUGAAAACACAAACACUGCCACAGCACGGGCAAAGCAUUCAGCUCGAUAACGAUCCAGACAAACCACCGUUGCAAAUCCAAAGACAAAUACUACCAAAUGAGCAGCAUUUAAAGAACCAACAGCAGCAGCAGCAGCAGCCGUAGUAACUAACUGGGUCAGUAAGCUUCAGCAGCAGCAGCAGCAGCAGCAGUUACUGUUACUGUUGCCAACUUUUCGCCCUUAAAGCUGGACCAGAGCUUCCUGGCAAAUACGGCCCUGGAACAUGAACUCCUCGAGUGGUGACGAUGAGGCGCCCAAGGAUCCGCGCACUGGCGGCGAGGACUUUACUCAGCAAUUUACAGAAAACGAUUUCGAAGGACACCGCGCACACACCGUUUACGUGGGCGUCCACGUGCCGGGAGGACGACGCCACUCGCAGCGCCGUCGCAAGCAUCACCAUGGCGGCAGCACCGGCGCUGCGUCCGCCGGCAGCGUUGGCAGAGACAGCAUUAGCGACAAGCAACUGGAAGUGGAGCGUCCAGCGACGCCGCCAGCACAACGCGUACAAUUCAUACUCGGCGAGGAUGUGGACGAUGGCUCGCAUGUGUCGCAUCCGCUGUUCUCGGAGAUGGGGAUGCUGGUGAAGGAGGGCGAUGAGAUUGAGUGGAAGGAAACGGCACGCUGGAUCAAAUUCGAGGAGGAUGUCGAGGAGGGUGGCAAUCGCUGGUCCAAGCCCCAUGUGGCCACGCUCUCGCUGCACGCCCUGUUCGAGCUGCGCGGCCUGCUGACCAACGGCACCGUCAUGCUGGACAUGGAGGCCAGCAAUCUGGAGCUGGUGGCCGAUCUCGUCUGCGAUCAGAUGGUCAGCAGCGGCACACUGCCGGCCAACGUCAAGGACAAGGUGAAGGACGCCCUGCUGCGUCGACAUCGCCAUCAGCACGAGUAUGCGAAGAAGACGCGAUUGCCCAUCAUUCGCUCCCUGGCGGACAUGCGCAAUCAGUCGUCCUCAAAAACCGACAUGGGCGCUAUUGGCGUUACCACCUGGUUUCAUGCGGGUGCCUCGCCUUCGCAUGCCCCAUCUAGCCAACAAGGACAAUCAGCGCAGCAGCCAGCGAUCAGCCAAUUGCCAAUUGAAGAGCAGUCUGGGAGCAAUUUAAUGGCGACUACGCCGCUCUCGCUGACCGCCAGCGAGCCUGGACCACCUGGCAAUACCAAUGGCAGUACCGGUGCCCUGGGCAUGGGCAUGGGGCGGUUUUUAACGGUGCCCGGCAAGCCCAGCAACAGAACGCUCGAGAAAAAAUCAAAUUCCAUAAAUCUGCGGCCCCAACAAAAUCUGCCCAUGAUCACAGAGGACAUGGUGAAGAGCCCCAGCAGCCACUCGAUGGCCAGGCAGGCCAGCGGCACGGAGCUGGCCGAGCAGCAACACAAGGGCAACUCGCACUUCAUGCGCAAGAUACCGCCUGGAGCGGAGGCGAGCAACAUUCUAGUGGGCGAGGUGGACUUCCUGGAGCGCACACUCUCCUGUUUCAUCCGUCUGAGCCAGGCGGCUGUCAUGGGUGAUCUGACGGAGGUGCCGGUGCCAACCAGAUUCAUUUUCAUACUGCUGGGUCCACCGGGCAGCCAGAGUAAUUUCCAUGAGAUCGGACGUGCUAUGGCCACACUGAUGUCCGACGAGAUCUUCCAUGAGGUGGCCUACAGGGCACGUAAACGCGAUCAUCUGCUCGCCGGAGUGGAUGAGUUUUUGGAUGCGGUCACAGUAUUACCACCCGGUGAAUGGGAUCCCACCAUACGCAUUGAGCCACCAGCGGCAAUACCAUCGCAGGAGAUCCGCAAGCGGCCGCCCGAGCUGCCUAAGGAGGAGAUCGACGAGGAGGAGGAGGAGCAACGAUUGCGCGAAGAGUCGGGCCUGUCACGCUCGGGUCGUCUCUUCGGCGGUUUGAUCAACGAUUUUAAGCGCAAGGCGCCUUGGUACUGGAGCGAUUUUCGCGAUGCGCUCUCUAUGCAGUGCGUCGCCUCGUGGAUCUUCUUGUAUUUCGCAUGCCUCUCCCCGAUCAUCACCUUCGGCGGCCUGCUGUCGGAGGCCACAGGCAAGAACAUGGCUGCCAUGGAAUCGCUGGUAUCUGGAUUCGUCUGCGGCAUGGGCUAUGGCUUCUUUUCGGGCCAGCCGUUGACAAUCUUGGGCUCGACCGGUCCAGUGCUGGUCUUCGAGUCCAUUGUCUAUGAGUUCUCGAUGGCCCAGGGCUGGGACUAUAUGACAUUCCGUUUCUGGAUCGGCAUGUGGGUCGCCGGCAUUUGCAUCGUGUUGGUCGCAAUCGAUGCCAGCGCGCUCGUCUGCUACAUAACGCGCUUCACUGAGGAGAACUUUGCCACCCUAAUCGCGGUCAUCUUCAUCUACAAGGCCAUCGAGAACGUGGUGAUGAUUGGUAAGACCUUCCCGGUAAAUCAAGGCAUUUACGACUGCAUCUGUACUGCGCCGCCGGAGAGCAAUGCCAGCGUGCUCGAGUUUGCCAAGUACAAAUGGGAUGCAUGUGAGCUCUACAAUGGUACACUCAUUGGCACCGACUGCGGUACUCCACCCACCGAAAAUGUCUUCCUCAUGUCCGUUGUCCUGUGUGCUGGCACCUUCAUCUUCUCGACCGUACUCAAGGAAUUCAAGAAUGCCCUCUUCUUCCCCUCCAUUGUGCGACAGUACAUUAGCGACUUCUCUGUUCUGAUUGCCAUUUUCUCGAUGACCUUGUUUGACUACUCGCUGGGUGUGCCCACACAGAAGCUGGAGGUGCCCCGCGAGCUGAAGCCGACACUGAAUACGCGUGGCUGGCUGAUUCCCCCAUUCUGCGAGAAGAAUCCCUGGUGGUCAGCAAUCAUAGCCGUGUUCCCAGCAAUGCUCGGCACCAUUCUCAUCUUCAUGGAUCAGCAAAUCACGGCCGUGAUUAUCAAUCGCAAGGAGAACAAAUUAAAGAAGGGCUGCGGCUAUCACUUGGAUCUCUUUGUACUCUCCGGCCUGAUAGCCAUCUGCAGUGUGAUGGGUCUGCCAUGGUUCGUGGCGGCCACUGUGCUGAGCAUUAAUCAUGUCAAUUCACUGAAACUGGAAUCGGAGUGUAGUGCCCCUGGCGAGAAGCCGCAGUUCUUGGGUGUGCGCGAGCAGCGUGUGACUCACAUUAUGAUCUUCCUGACAAUUGGCGGUUCGGUGCUGUUGACACCGCAGCUCAGACACAUUCCCAUGCCGGUGCUGUUUGGCGUCUUUCUCUAUAUGGGCGUGGCCUCGCUCAAGGGUCUGCAGUUCUUCGAUCGCAUUCUCAUUAUGUUCAUGCCAGCCAAAUAUCAGCCGGACUACAUGUUCCUGCGUCAGGUGCCCAUCAAGCGCGUACAUUUGUUUACUGCCAUACAGUUGGCCUGCCUGAUUAUCCUGUGGCUGAUCAAGAGUUUCUCCCAGACCUCCAUACUCUUCCCACUGAUGUUGGUGGUGAUGAUUGGCAUACGCAAGUCCCUAGAUUUUGUCUUCACCCGCCGUGAACUGAAAAUCCUCGAUGAUAUUAUGCCCGAGAUGACGAAGCGCGCUGCGGCGGACGAUCUGCAUCAACUGGACGCUGAGGACAAUCAUCAUCAGCCGCCCGCCGGCUCAGCUGGAAAUGUUGCCUAUAAUAUGAAGAGUGGCAACGCUGGCACUGGCUCUGGCUCUGGCUCUGGCUCGGCUGCCACAACCAUACACAUACCGUUAACGGGCAACAGUGGCAGCAACAAAAUGGGCAGCACUGCUGCGAGCGGUGCGCCAACGGACGUGAAUCGCACCACAGUCUGGCAGCAGAUCAACAAGGACGGCACCUCCGAGCAGCUGAUCAUACCCGUUACCGUUAAAGUGCGUCAUAUCAAUGGCAACCAUUCCUCAACCAAUGCUGCCCUUUCGCCACGCCUAUCGCCCAUGCACGAGGCCGAUGAGUAUAAUGAAAGCUCCGCUAACAAGAUGACAAACAACCAAAUGCUGCCAGCCAAUCAGCAACAACAACAACAACAACAACAGCCAAGCAAUUGCAAGGAGGCGGCUGCCAAGCUCGAAGGUGCCGUUGUUACCACCCAAAGUCCAGCGAACAUAACACCCGUCUAAGUGGGCCUCAUUUAUGGGGCAUUAUCCAAAUUAUAUACCAAACUACCUAAGCGAACUCUUUCGUUCGCUGCGAACUCACAAUGCGUAGAACAAGUGCACAAAGUCGACCUAGAUCGUCCGAGAGUGUGAAUGUCGAAUAUCAGUAUCAUAAAAAGCAAACAGAAAUAGAUAUAUAUAUUAUAUACAUAUAUACAAAUUAAUCGUAGUGAUUUUUGACAAAGUUUGUAGAAUUUACUAUCAGCCUAAAGAGACAAACAAAUAUUCACAGCACUCAUUUGGCAUAGAAUUUGAGCUGAGCUUAAACAAUUUUAGAAGUAUUAUUCAAAAAAAAAAAAAAACAAAUGUGGCUCAGGAGUAUAUAGCAUACGCAUUCCAAAGAAACAUGCCUAUGUAUGUAUGUUAUAUGUAUAACACUUUUAUAACAGCAAUUUUAUAACAGAUUUCAUACCAAACCAGUGUCAAUUCAAAGCAACAUAAACUCUCCUCAAACAAUUAUCUACUCUAUACAAAAAUAUGGUUCCUUUUAUGUUUGAUCUUAAUUUGACACACCCACACACACAUAGAGAAACAGAACAUGGCGGGCUUGUUUAAAAUUUGAUAUUACAUGGGUUAGAUAAGCUGUGAUCUUAUUGUAGGGUGCGGAUUUUUUGGUGUACGUAAAUUGGGAAAUCAGUGAAAAGCCGUCUUGAAAACAUUUAGCCACAUAAACAAAUUUAGAAAAAAAAAUUAAAAUAAAUAAUAAUAUCAAAAGCAUAAGCAACAACAACUGUAUACAAAUGUAUUAUAAUUUUUGCAAUUUAUACUAAGUUCUGAAACACACAUUAAAUCUAUAUCUAUUGAUCUACCUAUAAAUAUUGAAUAAAAGUAUAAAUUAUA